AUGGGAACACUUCACUUGCAAGAUCUCUAUAUAGAUGACGAGGACCGGACGUAUUUCAUUCCAAUCUCACGAUCGACGUCUACCGGCAAUACCCAUAGAAUUGCAUCUUCUUAUGACCGCUGUACGACUCCAGUAAGGUCGUCGUCUCUUUCAAAAAGCCACCAAGCAGAGGAGCCUGUGGAAGAGCCUCCUCGGCGACCGGCACUGAUUCCUUCUCCUGGAACUAUAAGAAAGUACAACACUUGGAGAACCGCAACAGAACCUGGGCCGUAUGCUGUAGAAGCAUUGCAGCAACAUGCUCACAGUCAACUCGCUUCCAGCGUGGACAGGACCCAAGCUAAAAUCAGACGUGUCUCUACUUCUUAUGGCCCCGGUGACCAACAUACUAAUCAGAUUUACUCAGGAAUGCAUUCACACCAACAUGCAAUGCAGACAACAUCAGCUACAAGCUCUGGAAUUCAUGCAGCAGGUCAGUUAUCAUAUCAUUCUGGUUACCAUCAAUUGACGUCUUCCGUCCCCAUGCCUUCAUGCACGCUUCGAGCAAAAUCACCCAGUGACGGACUUUGCAGAAGCAAAAGCCGUGGCACAGAGUAUUCUAGUAAGGCCCGUGAACGGUAUGACGCGUCAUCCACCACUCUUCCAUCUCUUACCAACCAAGUAGCAGAUCUUUCACGAAGAAAGCGAGCACCAGACUCCUUGUUUUCAGAGCCCCGGCUGGCUCUGCCAAAUGCCAACACAUACGCACGGGCAGGUAUGCCUCAAGCCUCUAUAGCAGACCCCCACUUUGCAGGCUGGAGACCCAAGAGUCUACGGGGGCCCUCCACACCAUCGCCCAUGCAAAGCAAACAGCAAGGUCUUGCAUCCCUCCCAGUACUUUCGAAAGUGCACUAG